CUGACCAAUGAAUCGGGGAAGGGAAGUUACUGUAAAUUGAGGUACGAUUCGGUAGGAAGUAUCGCUGUCUGCUGUGGUGCCUUUUGGGGUUGUUGGACGUGCUGGUGUAUCGGGGGGAUAGGUAACUCCACAGAAAUCGGACAUUUACUCCAUAGGGAAGGGGCGAACAAACAUAUAACACCUACGUGAUUUGAGAGCGAAUGGAGCAACAUCCUACUAAAUGUGUUGUAGAAAUCCACGUCUCUAGUGUUGUGGGAGAACUAAAGGCUUAAUGUCGGAGCUUUAUUAAGGGAGCCUGAAGGCAUCUUGAGCUCGCGACGCGGCUGGUCAGUUUCUCCGCUGUGUGAAGUGGAGACGGAGCUGCUAGCGAGUCCGUGACUCAGGCUACAACUCUGACAGACUCUUAAACGCUAUGGAAGAGUUUUACCUGAAGACAGACGGAGAGCGAGGAACCUGUUGAGGCUGGCUGCUGGGUCUCCUGUCACGCUUUCUGGAUCUGUCAAGUAAAAUUCACUGUUUUGUGUUAUCCCAGCUCGGACAGAAAGGUCUACAAUUCUCACAAUGAUGAUGCUGGAGGACAGCGACAUGCAGACCUUUGGCUCUGAGCUGCCGGCCAUGUUUGACGGCAUGAAGCUGGCCGCGGUGGCCGCCGUCCUCUACGUCGUCGUGCGCUGUCUCAACCUGACGAGCCCAACCGCGGCCCCGCAGGUCAUCAGCCAGGACACGCUGCUCUGCCGCUACCUGCUCAAGUCCUGCCCGAUGCUGUCCAAACAAUACAUUCCUCCUUUGCUUUGGGGAAAGAGCGGUCACCUCCAGACGGCUCUGUAUGGCAAGAUGGGGCGCGUCAACACUCCAACACCCUGCGGGCUUCGCAAAUUCCUCCCAAUGCAGGAUGGAGCCACAGCCACCUUUGACCUCUUUGAAGCUCUAGGAAAGCACAGCACAGGAGACGAUGUUACCAUGGUAAUCUGCCCUGGGAUUGGUAACCAUAGCGAGAAGAACUACAUUCGAACCUUUGUGGAUUACUCCCAGCGGCAGGGUUACCGCUGCGCCGUCCUCAACCAUCUGGGAGCUCUUCCCGACAUGGAGCUCACCUCGCCGCGCAUGUUUACCUACGGGUGCACUUGGGAGUUUGGGGCCAUGGUGGCCUACAUCAAGCGCGCUUUCCCCCAAACGCAGCUGGUGGUGGUGGGCUUCAGUCUGGGUGGGAACAUAGCGUGUAAGUUCCUGGGAGAAAAUCGAUCCAACCAGGAGCAGGUGCUGUGCUGCGUCAGCGUCUGCCAGGGAUACAGCGCCCUCAGGGCACAGGAAACAUUCCUUCAGUGGGACCAGUGUCGGAGACUUUACAACUUUGUGCUGGCGGGCAACAUGAAGAAGCUCAUCCUGUCACACAGGGGGAGCUUGUUGAACAUGACCUCCAGCAACAUUGAAGAUGCAGACCUCAACAAACUGUGCGCAGCCACGUCUCUGAUGCAGAUAGAUGACAACAUCAUGAGAAAAUUCCACGGCUACAACUCCUUAAGGGAGUACUACGAGAAGGAGAGCUGUGUGCACUACAUCCACAACGUAUCUGUACCACUCCUUCUGGUCAACUCCUCUGACGAUCCACUAGUUCAUCGGUCACUUCUGGCUAUACCAUACAGGCUUGCAGAGAAAAUGCCCAACGUGAUGUUCACCCUGACUGAGCACGGGGGCCACAUGGGCUUCUUCGAGGGGGCCGUUCUUUUCCCACAGCCCCUCACCUGGAUGGACAAGGUCAUAGUGGAGUACACCGACGCCAUUUGCCACUGGGAGAAGAAGCAGCAGGCCUGCCAGGGGAGCGGAAACUCGAACUUAACCUCCCAUCAGCACUAAAACUGAACCUCAGCAGGUGACGCCGACACGCAAAGACUUGACCAGCAGCACGGUCGUCCCGAGGCCUUCGGAUCUGCUGGGUCAGUUUAUCGUACUCUGCAGAGCAUCAGCUAAUUAUUCGUUACUAACGGCGAUGAAAACACUUGAUCAGACCGACUAACGAAUGCUAAUAUAUUUGCAUUCGUUGAAAUUCAGUGAAGUUUUACGUAGAAAAAUCCUUUCAGAGAUCGAGACCAACGUUUGUUCCUGUUGGAUAAUUUGUGGGUUUCCGAUCAGAACCACCAGGACUGGUUUUAUUGUUUACACUGUUUUCAGAUGUCCUAAUUUCCCUAACAUGACUAAACUACUCAGAACACUUUUUUCUUUUUUUACUUUUAAACCUAAAUUGUUGUGUACAAUCAUUAGGACAUCCUGACUGUACUGUACUAUACGAGCACUUUAACCCAACAUGUUUUUUGCAACACAGACAUUUCACAACUUUCACCAUUCCAAGAACACCUUAAUUUAUUUAACUGUAGUUUUCACUUUAAUCCUACAAAACAAUGCAAUCGACCCACUGCUUUGUUUUUGUUUUCUGGUCUCUUACAGAUCCGUUAAAAGCUACAAGUACAAGCGUUGUGGCUUAGGGAGCGCUUCGGAUUAGAGAUAAAUGCAAGAUUGAAAUAGUUUGGGAGGUUUAUUUUUAAUCUGGUUAGCUUAGCGUUCCCCUCAUUAGCUAAAACUGCUUGAAACAAAAGCAUCAAGUUGCGUAAUUUCUCACAGUAACAUUAUUAUGUCGGAAACAGAGGCAAGAUUUGAAUUUGGAAAUAGUUUUCAUGCACUUUUUUUUUUUUUUUAAAUCAAUUGUUCACUAUGCUGUUAAAUAAAAGUCCUGAAUUUUUGAAGUAAACUUCUGCUGAAGAGGUACGAGUAAUUAAUAUCUUACCUGAGGUAAAUAAGUCUACUGCAACUCCGAGCGAAACAUGUAGCGCUUCCAGUCGGAUAUAAGUCCCAACAAAUAAGACGUUCUCAGUUUCUGUCUAGAAAUAUCUCACAUGAUCUGUUGAGCAUAUUUCACUGAGGAGGAUAAUCAGUGAGGCACCAUCCCCUCUUUUCGUUUUUCAUUUAAACAAUCAUUAGCUUCUGCCAAAAGCAGCUGGAGACAGACUUAAGGUUCAUAAAAUGCUUUUCAAAAUAACCACCUUGACAUUUUUGUCCGACGACGUUUUAGCCUCCAGAACCUAAUCGUCUGUAUUUAUGCCAAAGUUUUAAACCACAGGUAAGAUAUUAACUGCUUAUGAUCUUCUCACAGAACCCCUCUUUCAAAAGAAAAAUCUGUUGUUCCUAUAAGAAAUGUUUAUUAUUUUGUGCAAUUGUGGAUUUUAUAUACUGCUCAAAUGAAGAGGUGGGUGUUACUGAAAGUCAGUAGAUGAUUCAGUUUUUUUUAUGCCUCUAUUGUUGAUCAAUAAUCAUUUUUGUCUCUUUUCUUUGUUAAACAUGAAUCUCUACGGGUAACAAAAAGGUUUAAUCAACCCUCUGCUUUGUAGAUCUCGUCAUUCAUGAUUUGUUCUCAACAUUUCUUAAUAAAAUGACCAAAAGUUAUAUUUA